UUGCUUAUAUUUGUUUUGUGUGGCCCCUUGUGAGCUAAUGCCUGCGUGGUGACUGCCUAAGACUUCACCAAAACGAACCAAAUUUAAAUUGAAAUGACUAAAAUUUAAAAUGAAAUGAAUAAAAAAUUUAAAUUAAAAUGACUAAAAAAUAAAAUAAUUGAUUGAAUUGAUUAAAAUAAAAGGAGAAGUAACUUCCAGGUCCCAGGGGUAGCGCAUGCAUGUAUAUAAGUGUUGUUUGUCUAAGUGUUUAACGCAUGAGGUGCGUUCGUCUAAGUGUUUAACGCAUGAGAUGCGUUCGUCUAAAUACGCAUGAAGUGCGUUCGUCUAAGUGUUUAACGCAUGAGGUGCGUUCGUCUAAAUGUUUAACGCAUGAGGUGCGUUCCUCUAAAUACGCAUGAAGUGCGUUCGUCUAAGUGUUUAACGCAUGAGGUGCGUUCGUCUAAAUACGCAUGAAGUGCGUUCGUCUAAAUGUUUAACGCAUGAGGUGCGUUUGUCUAAAUACGCAUGAAGUGCGUUCGUCUAAGUGUUUAACGCAUGAGAUGCGUUCGUCUAAAUACGCAUGAAGUGCGUUCGUCUAAAUGUUUAACGCAUGAAGUGCGUUCGUCUAAAUACGCAUGAAGUGCGUUCGUCUAAGCGUUUAACGCAUGAGAUGCGUUCCUCUAAAUACGCAUGAAGUGCGUUCGUCUAAGUGUUUAACGCAUGAGGUGCGUUCGUCUAAAUGUUUAACGCAUGAGGUGCGUUCAUCUAAAUACGCAUGAAGUGCGUUCGUCUAAGUGUUUAACGCAUGAGGUGCGUUCGUCUAAAUACGCAUGAAGUGCGUUCGUCUAAGUGUUUAACGCAUGAGGUGCGUUCGUCUAAAUACGCAUGAAGUGCGUUCGUCUAAAUGUUUAACGCAUGAGGUGCGUUCGUCUAAAUACGCAUGAAGUGCGUUCGUCUAAGUGUUUAACGCAUGAGGUGCGUUCGUCUAAAUACGCAUGAAGUGCGUUCGUCUAAAUGUUUAACGCAUGAGGUGCGUUCGUCUAAAUACGCAUGAAGUGCGUUCGUCUAAGUGUUUAACGCAUGAGGUGCGUUCGUCUAAAUACGCAUGAAGUGCGUUCGUCUAAAUGUUUAACGCAUGAGGUGCGUUCGUCUAAAUACGCAUGAAGUGCGUUCGUCUAAGUGUUUAACGCAUGAGGUGCGUUCGUCUAAAUACGCAUGAAGUGCGUUCGUCUAAGUGUUUAACGCAUGAGGUGCGUUCGUCUAAAUACGCAUGAAGUGCGUUCGUCUAAAUGUUUAACGCAUGAGGUGCGUUCGUCUAAAUACGCAUGAAGUGCGUUCGUCUAAGUGUUUAACGCAUGAGGUGCGUUCGUCUAAAUACGCAUGAAGUGCGUUCGUCUAAAUGUUUAACGCAUGAGGUGCGUUCGUCUAAAUACGCAUGAAGUGCGUUCGUCUAAGUGUUUAACGCAUGAGGUGCGUUCGUCUAAAUACGCAUGAAGUGCGUUCGUCUAAAUGUUUAACGCAUGAGGUGCGUUCGUCUAAAUACGCAUGAAGUGCGUUCGUCUAAGUGUUUAACGCAUGAGGUGCGUUCGUCUAAAUACGCAUGAAGUGCGUUCGUCUAAGUGUUUAACGCAUGAGGUGCGUUCGUCUAAAUACGCAUGAAGUGCGUUCGUCUAAGUGUUUAACGCAUGAGGUGCGUUCGUCUAAAUACGCAUGAAGUGCGUUCGUCUAAAUGUUUAACGCAUGAGGUGCGUUCGUCUAAAUACGCAUGAAGUGCGUUCGUCUAAAUGUUUAACGCAUGAGGUGCGUUCGUCUAAAUACGCAUGAAGUGCGUUUUUGUCUGCCUGAGUGGGGCACAUAAAUGUUAUAUGUUUGUAUGUGAAAUACGUCUGUCUGUAUGUGUGAAAAGCGCUGAGGUGUGUGAUCACGCUUGUCUGUGUGAUAGCCAGAGCGGACGGGAGGACCCGGCGCUGAGCGGGGGCUCCGAGCUGGCUGCCAGAUAGACGGGAACUGUUAGUUGUAAAUAAAAAAAGGCCUUGAGAAGGGAGGGCAAUUUGAUAAAAAAGUGACUGAGAUAUAUAAUAUUGUGUAUAAUGCAGAAUUAGGUAGAAAGUGAAAUAGAAUUGCGUGGUUUGUUUCAAACUGUUUUUAUUGUUUGAUGAAACGUUGAUAAAAGCAUAUGGGAAGUAUUGUUCGGAAGCAUAUGUGAAUAAUCCUGCAGGUUUUGUGAAAUGAAAAAACAAGAUGGUUAAUGGACACUAAAAUUCAAAAUUAUAAAUGUGAUAAAAAAAAAAGUAAAAUAAUUGUAUAAGAAUUGAUGAGGGAACUAAAAACAUUCCCACAAAUUGUUUUUUCAUCAAUUUGGACACUUUCCAGACUGCUGUGAUCCAGAUAGGGAAACACAGCCCUUGAUAAGUCAAAACAAUAACGGAAAAGUUAACAGAGAAAACUGUUUUUCCAUUUUAGCAAAAAUUGGUGUAUAAUACAUUUUUAUUGCUUGGUGUAAAGUUGGCAAAAGUGUAUGAGAAUGUAUAAAAAUAUAUGUAAAUAUCCCUGUUGAUUUUGUGAAAUGGAAAAGGCAAGUUUUUUUUUUAAUGGAUACUGAAAUCCAACAUAAUAAAGGAAAUGUAAAAUAUUCUAAAAGAACUGUUGAAAAAACUAAGAACACUCCCAGAAAUUGGCUCUGUCGUUUGUUUGGGCACUUCCCAGACUGUAAGCGCUGUGAUCCAGAUAGGGAAACACAGCCCUUAAUAAAUCCAAACAACCAAGAAAAAAGGUAUUAGAGAAGACUUUGUUUUUUCCAUUUUUGCAAAAAUUUAUGUAUAAGAAAUUUUUAUUGAUUGGUCUAAAAUUGGUAAAAGUAUAUGAGUACUGUUUAAAAAUUUAUGUGAACAUUCUUGUUGAUUUUGUGAAAUGGAAAAGGCAAGUUUUUUAAUGGGUGCUGAAAUCCAACAUAAUAAAGGGAAUGUAAAAUAUGGUGAAAUAGAACUGUUGAGAAAAAAACUAAGAACACUCCCAGAAAUUGGCUCCUGUCAGUUAUUUGAGCAUUUUCAAAACUGUAAGUGCUGUGAUGCAGACAGGAAAGCACAGCCCUUAAGUUAAAAUAUUCAAGGAAAAAGGUAAUAGAGGUUUUUUUUUUUUUUUUUUGCAAAAAAUUGUGUAUAGUGGUCUUUAGUGUGUGCUGCGUGAGUGAAAACCCGGGUGUGUGAUUGUUUUAAGAGUGUGUGAUUGAGCCUGCACUGUAUCUACAGAGUGAAGAUAAAGGCGGGGCUGCCUCUGACAGGGAGAGGAGAAAACUAGAGUGUGAAGAUAAAGGCGGGGCUGCCUCUGGGAGAGGGAGAGGGGAGCUGGAGAGGGGAGAUAGAGGCAGGGCUGCCUCUGACGGAGAGGGAGGAGAAAUCUUGUGAUCAGGAUAAAGGAGGGGCUACGAGAGGCGAGAAGUGUGUGUGUGUUAAAGAGUGGGAGGAUUUCUCUCUGCCUCACGCUCUCUCUCUUCUCUCUCUCUCUCUCUCUCUGAAUAACAUGGAGGUGAAGCUUGGUGGAUAUGAUAGGGACAGGGUCAGAAGGCUAAAUUGUGAGCUUAGGGAAGAGUAUGAGUUUAAGGAAGCAUUGAUAGAAUCCAAAGGGAUUAAAAAUCAUUUUUGGCUAGAAGUGGAGUUUGUGGAUAAAGAGGGACAGAAAAGGGAGCUGACAGAAGAGAAGAAAAAUGAACUUUUGAAAAAUUGACAAAAAUCACAAAUUUGGAUCAGGUCGAACAAGAAUGGCCUUUAAUAAAUUGGCAAUAUGAGAUCAAGAAAUACAUGACUCUUGAUAAUCUGAAAUGGCAUUUGGACAGAUUUUGUUUCCCCAGAAAAACCUGACUUUUUCUGGGGAAAAAGAUUGCUGACAGAGGCAAUAUUAAAAAUAGAUCCAGUGUGUGUCCCAUACUUGAAAAAGAACUUGGGAUAUCGAUGGCCACAACAUCUGGGAGGAGCAACCAUAUUGAGUAACAUCUACUUCAAAGUGACCUCAUGUGCGAGGUCAACAGAGUGGGAAAGUGACACACUCUUUGCAGUUGGAGAAAGAGAAGAGAUCAACCCACUCUACACCACAAAUUGGACACUUGGAAGAUUGGUUGUGUCAGUGUUUCUGAAAAAUAAAUUAGAACACAUAUACCACAUGCGGCCAGAGAUACCAAAGGGCAAAAGGGAAGCAGAAGAACUAAGAAUGAUUGUGAGAAAUGUCAGACCCUCAAACACACAAGAAGAGGAGGAGGAGAGGGAGUAGAGGGAAAAGAAUUCUAAGAGCCAAAGAAAGAGCAGAUUUAAUUGAAAUUUUCGAACCAUUAGAAACUAUUAAUUGCCCCAAAAAUAAAUUGCACAUUUCAGUAACUGUGGUAGGAGGAUUUGAUACAAAAUUAACCCCAUGUCUUACUUAUUCAUAUUGGGCAGGAGGAGUCACUGCAACUGGUCGGAGGGUUGAGGAAAAUGAGCUCUGGAGUUUUGAAUUGAUCUGCUUGGGGGAGGACAUAAUUUGGAAACGCAAUAACUACAAUUGGCUGGAACUGGAAGGUGUGACGACGAAGUCAUUGACUGAGGUACAAAUAAGAGCAAUUUUAAAAUAUAUAAAGAAAAGAAAGACCAUCAAAUUGCUGUUCUAAGUCCUCAACCCAGUAAAAAUUCCGGAGGAAGCCAGGGGUCGGAUGCUUUUAGUGGUCCUCGUCUGGCCAAUCCGGUGAAGAAUUAAAGAUUUGAAAGAAUUAAAAAUAAAUAAAUAAAUAAAUAAAUAAUAUUGACUGGGGUUAAAGAGGUUUAAGAUUUGGCUUAUGACAAUGGCUUCAGCGUCAACAGAAAAAGACACACCUGUAGAGUGCAUAAUAUCAGAAUACCCCAUAUGUAGAGACACAAUUAGAGAGUUAUCUAAAAAAUGGGAAAAAAGGACCAUAAAAUUAAAUACAAAGUGGCCUGCAGAGGGAACAUUUGACGUAGCCAUGUGUAGAGAGAUGGAAGCAUUAAUAAAAAAAUCACAAGGCUAAUGAUAAGACAAAGAAUAGAGAAGAGAAGAGAGAACGGGAACAUGAAGUGUUAAGACUAUUCAAGGAAUGGGGAAUAAAAAUAUUAAAGGAAAGACAAAUGAGGGAGGGAAAAAAUGGAAAAAAAUGUUUCAAAAUCAGAAAGGCCUCCUCCAUAUGCAUCACACUAUGAUUCUGCUAAUCAAUUACCAAUGGUUAAUGCAACACUUCAUGUGAGAGGGAAUGUGGAGUUUGAAAAUCAAAAACUUGAAGAAGAGGAAGGUGAAGGAGAGAGAGCAGUGGGAUUUCAUUGUGAAGAGGCUGAGGAGCACACAUCUGACAAACCAUUGAGAGUGAAAGGAGAAACGCCAGCCAUGCAAAAGCAAGCGGAACCUCUAAGAAGCAAAGAAGGUAAGAAGAAAUCCACAGAUCCCACAAUGACGGAUCCAUACUACUAUGCAAAACAAGCAUUGAGAGAACUUGAGGAAAGGGGGAGAGGUGAAGAGGCUGCAGGUGAGCAACCACUGCAAGAUCAAGACAUAGCUGAUAGUUUGCUGUCAUUCCAUCAAGAUAUGAAGAUAACAGAAGAGCUACUUGCUAAAGAGGCUCAAGCUAUGAGAGAAAUUAUAGAAAAGGAAGAAUGGAAGAGUUGUCAAAGAUCAAGAGCACACUCAAGCAGCCCUGAUGGAGAGUACAAAAGAGUUUCAGGAACACUCCUCCUUGAAGGGGUUCCCCAAAGGGAACAGCGUUGGAGGAGGGGUGACAAUUUAAGAGAAAGACCUACAAGCGCCAUAUUCAUGCAAAGAGCAGAAGAAGACAUGCAAGAUAAAGACAAAAGACAGUGCCCCAUACUGAUCAGGGGACGCCAAGGACAGUAUGUCCCAUGGGCGAGACAGGAUCUGGAAGGACUUGUAGCCCGCCUCCCCGACAUACAUGAGGGGGCUGGAAAGUGGAUCAGACUGCUGGAAAAAGAGACAAUGGGAAAGAUACUAGCCAUCGGAGAUGUUAAGGCCUUGUUGGCAAGGUGUGUGGGAGGAGCCAAAACAAAUGAGAUUUUUGAGGCUGCAGGACUUCAACCUGCAAUUGGAAGGACAGAUAUGGAUGCCACUCCUCUUGACAUUUUCCGACCUCUGAUAUGGCAAACGCUAAGAAGAAGCUACACAACACAGAUGGAUCCAAAGCUACUGAAAGGGGAGCAAAUAGGGGAAGCAGAAAACCCAACCACCUACAUUCAAAGACAACUGAGAAGAUGGAAACAGGAAUUGGAGCGAGACCCAGAAAAAGACCCGGUGAUAACAACACUGUUCAGAACUGCCAUAGUAGAGGCCAUGCCCCCAGCUGUGAAAACAAGACUGGAAGAUGUAGUGGGGCUGAACUCCAAGUCACCAAAGGAGUUUUGUGAUCAUGUGGCUCAUGCAGUGGAACAGCAUAGGAAGAAUGAACAAAAGCUAAAAAAAUCAAGAAAGAGAGCUUCAUAGAAGACUAACUCAACUGCAAUUAAAGGAACUAACUACCAUGAAGAAGAAGGUUCAAGGAAUGCUGAAGGAAAACGAGGAUCAGUCUGUGGUAAUGGCUACUGUAAACGCAUCUGGCCUAACUACCCAGACUCCAAUGACACCUAUUCAAUCUAUGACACCAACGCAAAACACAACAAUACCAGCACAUGUGCACCAGAACAUGACUCCAGUAAGCGCGCAACAACAUGGUGCACCAAUUGUGAUCUAUCUGCCCGAGCAGCCAAGUAAUAGAAAAAUGAACGAUUCACAGCAAAGAGGGAGAGGAAGAGGAAGACAGAACAGCAAUCAACAAGGAAGCUAUGGCUCCGCAGGGAACUGUUGGGGAUGGAACCAACCUGGGCAUAGGAAGAUAGACUGUCCUAUCAACCCAUGGCCACAGAACAUACCACCAACAGGCCAAAGACAACAGUCAUGGCAGCAAAACCCUCAGAAUCACAUGCCAGGACCUGUCAACCCAUGGCGUGGCCCAGACCAGGGCUACUAGGGAUGCCCAGAGAAUCCUACGGGGAGGAAUCAGCUACCAAUGAUAUCUUCUGAUGCUGAUCAAGAACCUAUGCUGCAGGUUAAGAUAGAGGACAAGAUAACACCUAUGCUAACUGAUACUGGGGCGACUUUUUCCUGUUUAAGCCCAAAUUAUGCCUCUCACCUCCCCAAGUCUGGAAAAUAUGUAAAGACAGUAGGAUUCUCGGGACAAACGCAGCUAAUUCCAAUGACGGCACCAGUCAAGAUGAAAAUCAAAGACACUGAAAUAAGAAUCCCAGUUUUAGUAUCAGAACAAACACCAGUCAAUCUUUUAGGAAGAGAUGCAAUAUGCAAGCUAAAACUGCAAAUAUGGUGUUCUCCUGAGGGAAUAUACAUAGACAAUGAAGGGAUCUGACAAAUGACUGUAGUAGGAGGGCAUGACACACAAGAACCAAAAGCAAACAUAUAUUGGUUGGGAAAUUUGGAACAGGAAGUGGUUAAAACCAUUAAUAAAUGGGGAAGUUAUAUAAGGGAACAGCUUAGGAACCCAAAAAUGCCAGACACUGAAUUUCAUUGUACAAUGAUAUAUGAUCCAUUUAGGGAUCCCAAAUUGGAAGAGAAAUGGCUAGGAGAGACAGUGAACAAAGAAAUACCCCUGACUUCAGAACAUUUAAUAAUAGGGCCUAUGGGAGCAGCAUUACAAAUCCAAGAAUGCAGCUUCAUUAAGAAUUGGUUUAAAGUAGAAAAAUCAACCCCACAUGUUACUAUAUAUAUGAAUGAAGGGUGUCGACCAGAAGAUUUGGGACCAAUGAUGCUACAUGCAAAAGGGAGAAAAUGGGAAGCUACAGAGAAUCCUUUUAUUUCCCAAACAUCAGAUAUGAUGUAUCUCAAAAUUCUGUGUCCUACUAAAAUGAUAGGCAUUCCAAAAAUAAUAGUUAAAACCACAGAAAAGAAAAAGAAAUUAAAUUCUAAAUUGGAUGAUUUAAUGAUAGAAAUGGAACAAAAAGUACCACAAGAAUUGUGGUCUAAACAUGACACCGAUGUGGGUUUGGUGAAAUCUGCAAAUCCAGUAAGGAUCAGGAUUAAACCAGGAGUUAAUUUACCUAGAAAACAACAAUACCCACUGAAACCAGAAGCCGUAGAGGGCAUUAGAAAAACGAUUGAGGGGCUAAUUAAAGCGGGUGUGUUAGUUGAAACAAUUAGCUAUUGUAACACACCCAUUCUACCAAUUGAAAAGGCCAACAAAACAAAAUGGAGGCUAGUACAUGAUUUAAGAGCAGUGAAUGAAGUAGUGGAAGAUUGUCCCGCUGAAGUUCCAAAUCCCCAUACACUAUUGACAAAUGUUCCGCCUGCUGCUAAUUAUUUCACAGUCCUUGAUCUUUGUAAUGCAUUUUUCAGCAUUCCAUUAGCGGAAGAAAGCAGACACCUUUUUUCCUUCACCUACCAAGGGCAGCUGAAUGCACUGAGUCCGGAGAUGAAAUGCAGAUACAGGAUGGUCUCCCACCGCCAAUGGACACAGAACAGGAAGGUGAGAGAGAUCUUGACAUUGAUCUUAGUGUUGGUACACAUGCUGCAAUGCCUCCCUCAGACUCAAGGACUCCAGCAGACCUCUCACCUGAGCGAGGACCUUCAGCCAAUAGACAUCAGCAGGAAGAGUUUGAAAACAUCGACUUCCCAAACAUCGACCUACCAGACAUCGACUUCUCAGACUUCGACUUUGCAGGGCUUGACUUGCCAGAUAUUGACUGGGGUCAACCAUCUUAAUGUGGCCAACUUAACACAAGGUACCAAUGCAGACAAACACAUUAAGAAGAGAUCGGUGGACCUAAAUAGAACCUAUUAUGAAGAAACAGGGUAUGACAUUGAUUCAGAAUUGGAAAAGGAAAGACUAUUAGAUACUGCUUAUCACAAUUAUUGGUACAGAUGGGCAGAAUACACGGCUAAGCAAUCACGAAAGAACGCUUGCAUAUUUUGUGCACCGUCUCCACUGCAAAAACUGACAAUAGUACCAAAUCAAUAUGAUUUUAGAGACUGUGCUAGAUUUUACUCGCAGUACUGCCACAUGCCUGCACGAAGUGUUCCUUAUUGUCCAGCCAAAUGCCUAAAAAUGCUGGGAAAUCCAUAUUAUCAAAAAUUCUACUACCAGAUGGGAUGGGGGGAUGAAUGUAAGAAUUUGGAUGUAAAAAUAGACCCACGUAAAAGAGAAACCCCAAAGAACUAUGUUCUAGACCGGUCAUUAGAAUAUGAAUGUUUCAACAAAACUAAAGGCUACCAGAAUAUGGGACAAUUUAAAGGCAAGUGUGCUGUCAUUUGGCAUCUGGAUAGAGAAAUGUAUAACAAUCCAAAUGUGUAUAGGUCUAGUAGUAUAAUAUAUGCGACAGCAACAGUGAGCAAAAAUAUGACAAUUAUCGAGCCCUAUGAAAAUUGUGAGAAUGCAACUCUAAAUUUCCCUCUAAUAGAGCCAUUGGAAAACCAAAGUGAAGCAAUAGCUGAUUAUUUUUGGUUAUGCGGGGGUAGAAGAUUGAGAGCCACUUUGAAAGAGGGAUGGAAGGGACUGUGCACCAGAGUAAGAUUGGCCCAAGCUGUAGGGAUCAUAGAUUGGGACCCAAAUGAGGAAGACUCAAGAGAAAUUGACCAAUCCACAGCCAUAAGACAGAGAGUGAAGAGAGCUUACAUACCAGACCCUAAUGUAAAAAUUGAUGAAAUUGGCCAACCAAGGGGUAUACCACAUGAAUUUAAGGCUAGAGAUGAGGUGUUAUCAGGCAUAGAAUCUAUAUUUGUCUGGAUAACCCCAAACAAAAAUGUAGAAUGGAUCAACUACAUUUACUACAACCAACAAAGGUUUAUUAACUACACAGAUGAUGCACUAGCGGCUUUGGGGGAGCAACUGAAAUACACUAGUAAAAUGACAUGGCAAAAUAGACAAGCAUUGGAUUGGUUGCUUGCAGAAAAAGGGGUGUGUGCAUAUUGUUUGGAACUGACUGUUGUACUUUUAUUCCGAAUAACACAGCCCCUGAUGGAUCAUUCACCAAGGCCAUGAAGAAGCUGAAAGGCUUGAGAAAAUAAGUAUUUGAAAAUGCAGGAAAAGACAGACAUAUUGGGGAAUGGUUUGACUCAAUAAUAGGGUCGUGGAAAGAAUGGAUGACCAAGGUGGGAAUAAUAAUAGCAGUGGCUGUUGCUAUUUUUGUGUUGUUGUUCUGUUGUAUUGUGCCUUUUCUCAGAUCAAUGAUGGCCAAUGCAGCUGCCAAACAGAUGAUCAAUGUAUCUGUAAGACGAUCUGGAGUCGAUAUCGGAUGCACCAACACUGGAGUGUAUCCAAUUGGUCCAGGGCUGGAUGAACUGGACGAGUUUCUGUAAGACCGACUACAUAAAGAGAUGGAAGGGGUGCCUUUUUUUAUUUUUAUCAAAGAGUUUGAUCAUGUUUUUGGUGAGAAAGGGAGUUAGCUACUUCAUGUCUUUUCUUUGGGGAAAAAACAAAGUAAGUAAUUUAGAACAUGGGUAGAGUAGGCAGUUAGUAAAUGGGUGUUUUGUUUAUUAUUUUGGCUUAAAACCCUCUUCCUGUUUUUAUUUUCGUUUUUAUCUUUUAUUGUUAUUAUGUUUUUUCAAGUUAUUAUACUUAUAUUAAACUACCUGAAUGAGAGGGGACGACUGAGGGUCUGAAGCAGGUCAUUGCCCGUGUUACGAGGUAAUGCAACCAGAUUUAAAGGGAAAUGACAAAGAAAGUUUUCUUAUAUUUCAUUUAUUACUAUACUCAUUUAUUUACUCAUCAUUACUUUGAAGUUAUAAUGUGUACUCACUAACCUACUGAAAAGUCCAAUGGAACUCAAAAGAAGAAAGGAUCGACGAGCACAACAGUCGAGGCAGCCUGGGCAGACUCUACUGGUGGUUUAAAAACCCGCUGUCAGCCCCAACACCAGAUAGUGCCCUAGGCAGGACCAGGGUACCUCUGGCAACGGUGGAGCAGCCCAGAUAGCGCCCCAGGCCACCGGAAGCGCCUGAGAGUUCCUCUGACACCAUGGGAGAACCAGUGGUUUUAAAUAAUAAUCUAUAUUAACCAUAAUGAGUUUAAUCACUGAUAUAUUCUACAUAACCAUGACAACCAUGGGCAAGGCCAAGAUUUUCCACACACAUGCUUUAACACAAAUUGUUGAUUUAUGUUUGAUUUUGUUGACCCCCUAGAGUGUUUAGUUAGAGAGGCGGAGCCUUUUACACUUCCCUAGUAAAAAUUGUGGGCAGUGAUGUUUGACUCUGACCUCUUCUGGAGUGCAGUCACAUAAGGAAGCCAUUUGGUAGUGAAAAGGAGGACCACUAUUGGUCCUGAGAUGGAAGAUGAGAGGGCUGACUUGUGAGGUUGCACUCUGGGAAAAGGGAAAUGGAAGUGGGAAUUAAGAGAUUCCCAGAGGGGGGAUAUGAUGGAGUAUUUUAUCCAUCCUAUAGAAAACAAUUGUGGAAUAUUUUAUCCAUCCUAUAGAAAUCAAUUGUAGAAUUUGUUCGCCUACUAUAAAAGCUAGAAGUGUUUUGAGGCCUCUUGGCCUUUGUAACUGUAAGGGUCAAACAAAUUUCUGAGCAUAUUUUGUUGGUAAUUUUCCACCAGACAACAGGUGGCUGUGAAAUGAACAAGACCAUUAUUAUGGGUGUCACGUGAAGGCUUCUUGUCUCUGGGGGGUGUGGACUGGUUUGAUACAAUGUUUCAUUUGGCCAAUGGGAAAAGGGUUGACCAUCAAAUUGGCAGAAGGCCCAUGAGAAAUGAAGUCAAAAGAUGUACAGUAGCUGGAAGCUGGUCACCCUUACUAAGAAAAUUCUCUUACAUAAGCAACACCUGCAAUUAUAUUAGUGAUGUGUCUAUGGCAGAAAGGUCGGGUAGUACAUGGAAAGGAGGUGUGAGGGGAGAGCACGUGUAAGUGAGAAUAUGGGAAAAUGUAAGAGUGAAUAUUACCAGCCAAUGAUAUUAAUUUGGUGUGUUUUAAGAGAUAAGAAAAAGCCAAUGGUAUUAAUUUGGUGUGUUUUAAGAGAUAAGAAAAAUGUAUAAAACUGUGCCCCAGCUAAGGGAGCCUGAGAUGCGGAGCUGGCAUCUCACUUUGUUGCUUGACAAUAAAGUUAAAUACUUCUGAGACCUG